ACCCUAUUUUGGUGUGCCUUGGGAGGUUUGAUAUUAGGUGGAAUCGUUGUCAUUUCAUACUGGAUAAGACGAUGCAGGACACUUGCAGUGAAACCGUCGCGCCGCCAGCGCUCCAAAGCCAGGAGCAGGAGCUCAUCAUCAGCUGCCACCGGCAACAGCAGCAGCACCGCCAGCAGCUACAGCAACUACAGCAGCAGCAACAGCAGCAGCACUACCAGCACCCGAAGCCCGUACAGCCCGCAGUACAGAAAGUCAUCACCCGAUCACAAUCAUCGACGUCGUCGUCGACGCAUGCUGCAGUGCAUCAACUGAAGCAGCAGCAGUCCCUGCCCAAUCCACUGCCCCAAUUGCAGCCAAACGGCGAGCAGCACCAGCACUCGCAUCCGCACCUCCACCACAACCACAACCACCAAACGCACGCCUCCAAGUCCGUCUCCAUACUCGUCUACAAGACGCUGAACACGGUCUUCAAGAGCAGCCGCAAGAUCAUCGUGCGCGUCUGUGAAGUAGCCAGCGCCAAGAAGUCCUUCACCAUGUUCAAAUUCAACAAAGCUGCGCAGCAGCAGCGGCUCGACAACCGCGCCAGCGCCGUAACGGGACACGAUCCGUUCGUCAGGCCGCCGGUGCCGGAAAAGAAAGUAAAACACAUUAUGAAGAAGCUGCACAAGGCGAACGGAUUGAAGCGCUCCAAUUCGGCCAUUGAGUUCGAUGUCUCAGCGCUGACAGCUGCCAAUCGACGACAGAUCUACAGUAGCAACCGGUCGGCCAGCUCGGAGCAAGAUAACUCAGAUCAAUCCGAGCACUCGGAGAAAUCGCCACUGGUUAGCGCGAGGUUAGACAAUCUUGCUAGGCUCUUUUUUAGCAAAUCGAUGCCAGCGGAAACCGGAAGUAGAGAUACUAUAGAUUCAGUACUAACAACCAGACCCAACAUCAAGUAUCAGUACUCAGCGCUCGACAGCGGCAAUGGCAUUGUGGAGCGCAGUCCCAGGGAGCGAGCACAAAGGGAGCGAGCACUGAACGCCACGCAGGAGUGGAUACAGAGCGCCAAUGGGCGCUACGAGGUGAUUGCACAUCUGGACGAGAUUGGCUCGCGGCAUGCCAAGAACUGGUUUCUGGUCAAUGACGCAUCGGUGCGCACAGAUCGUUUGCUGACGCUGCUGCCGCUCCCAGCGGACUGCGUGGCCCUCGAGGAUCUGCCGCCCGACGAGUGCGCGCGCGAAAUACUGAUGGAGCUGCUCGGAUCUCUGCACCAUCCGUACAUCUAUCCGGUGCUGGACCUCGGAUUCUUGCGCAACAGCUCGCACAGCUACGCCUGCCUGGUCACGCCCUUCAACUCGCGCGGCAGCCUCAAGGAUCUCAUAUUUAAGGCCCAAUGGAAUGAGCCCUGGGCGCGUAAGUACACGCGCAAGCCGAACGGCCUGCCCGUCAGCCAGGUGCAGCGCCUGGGCCGUCAGAUCCUGGAGGCGCUGCUCUUCCUGAAGGAGCGCGGCUUCCCGCUGCACGGCCACCUGCAUAGCGGCAAUGUCAUUCUACAGAACGGAGCGGCCAGGCUGUCGGGCCUGGAGAACGGUCUACUGGGUCUCAACUCGCGCAACAACGCCGUCAUGUGGUCUCGCUCCGUAACGGAAAUCGAGAAUGUCGACAUCGUGUGCUUUGGCCACCUGCUCUAUGAAAUGUGCACCGGUCAGGAAAUGACCACUCCGAAGCCGUCCAUGCGGGUGCUCGAAAUGGAGCUGCAGCACUAUCCACAAAUCGGCCAGGUUCUGGAAAUAUUAGGUCUUAUCUUUGAGCCGCCCAGCGGCGUUUGCCCCUCCGUCGAGGACCUAGUCCUAUGCGAUCUAUUUCGUAGCAUCGAUUUACGCGAGCUACGUGGUCCGUGUUUCAGUACAAUCAAGCCGAGUCUUAGCCGUUCUACAUUGAAUUUGCUGCAAGCCGUCAAGAAGCGCCAAUGCGCCUCGCUGGGCAGCUCGUUCAGCGCGGCGAGUUCGCCCUGUACCCCGCCUUCGACGCCGCAUGAUCGACGCACUGGCAUCAGCCGAACAAUGGACUCAUUUGACAUAUCAAGCGAGGAGGAGGAGGCGCUGCUCGAGGAGAUUGUCGUAGGCAACGGCAGCAGCUGUCACAUGAGGAGCCUGCAGCGGCUGCAGCACUGGCACUCCGCCUCCGCCUCCACCUCGGCGUCGUCCUCGUUUACGCGCACGCAGCACAGGCAGCAAUACGAGCCGACAGAGUCGCCCAUCCACUACUGCGACCAUGCGGCGCUCUACUCGGAUGACAAUGCCCAGGAGCAGCCCCCGGCAACGACGCAGCCGACGAUACGCUGCAGCAGCAGCAGUCAAAGCAAUCUGGCAAUCGAGACUGAGCAGUACGACGACGAGGCAGGAGGCGAGGGGGAGGGCGAGGAGGAUGCUGAUGCAGUAGCCAGUGGCUCGGGCGCCGGUGGCCAGCAGCGUUUGCAUACCUCCUUCAAUCACCAGCUAACAGCAGACAUGUGCAACUACAAGAACUCCAAGAGUCGCCGCCUGGAGUACUCGCUCAAGUGUCUGAAGUACGGGCGCAGCAAUCCCUCGCAGGACUCGGCGUUCGGUUCGCUGACCGACAACGACCUGUCCAUUGGCUCGUCGAGCAUUCGCCUCAAUAGUUUCCAGUCCAUCUCGUCCCCGAUUGACGAAGGCGUUGAAGACGUCAUUAUAGCCACCACAACGGGCACCAACGAGACCUGCUUGGAACUGGCCACCAUACCGCGCAGCAUGGUCUCGCAGGACUCGGCCAUCUCGUCGCCUUGCCGCGAGAGCUCGCCCAGCAACUUCUUGCACAUCGACGACGCCAUGUCCGGCACGGGCUCCACUUCAUCUGGCUCGGGCUGCGCCUCCCUGGGCCACAUUCGACCACAGCACUUCCCCGUCUCGCUGUCCCCAAAGAUUCUCGUCACGGCCACCAGCAACUCCAGCAGCUCCUCCUUAGCCUCCACUGCACAGACUCAACAGCAGCAGCAGCAGCAGCAAUUUGAUCCGCCCAAGAUUCUCGUUAACGAUCAGAAUUCUAUCUACACCACAUCGCCUUCAAAGCGCUCCAGCAUGAUUGAGGUCUUCUCGCAGAAGUACCGGGUCAGCUCCUUCGAGGACAUGUCGCCCAAGCGCUCCAGCUCAGAUAAGCAACACUUGAAACAUGUCAAUCGCUUGGCCUUCCGCUCACUGGAAGAGGAGCGACGCAUUGAUAAUGCCUUCAUGCCCAUGUCGGAUCGCACCCAUUCGGACAAUCGCGUCAACAUGCAGAGUGAGAAGUACAAGAAGCUGACGCACGCCUCCUUCCGCAUCAGCAAGACCUCGUCCAGCCAAGACCAAUCGUCGCCCACCAAUCACCCAGGCUCCUGCAACAUGGAGCUGCAGCGCACCGGCAGCUCCUCGGGCAGCCAGCGCCAGACCCUGUGGAGGGACAGCAAAUUCUAUCGCAAGAAUCGCAUUGCCAAGAGCAACGAUUCGCUGCUGGAGCACUCGCCCAGUCACUCGUCGGCCCAUCUCUCGCCCGGCUCGCAGGGCAGUCGCCGGUCGCUGAGUGUCACGACUAGCUUCUGUGGCCAGGCGGGCCAGGGCACGCGACGGUACUGCAGCUCCAAGAGCGAGGAUCUGGGCGAAUCCUCUGACUACUUGCGCGUCAUGGACGCACGCAAAUCGUACUCGGAGCGGCAUCUGGUGCGGCUCAAGCAGACAGCCAUCAACAACACGCACAGCGGCAGCGAGGACGAAAUGAGCUUCAACGAUGACAAUAAUGUCUCCUCAUCCGCAGCUGGAGUCAACAACAGCAGCAGCGGCAACGCCCAUGGACACCAACACCAACACCAGCAGCAGUUGCGCUGGAGCAGCUGCUCCAUUAAUCACCUGAAGACGACCAAUAUUAAGACCACAUCCCUGGCCACGCUCACCUGCCAAACGAAUUUAAGCCCCCAAUUUGCCCCAACUGCCAACAAGACGGCCAACUAUCGCACCCCAUCCAAGUCCCUCGAUCAGGCACUCGACGUCGACGGCAACAGCAUUGGCAACAGCAACACCAACACCAACAGCAGCAACAGCAACAGCAGCAGCAGCAACAACAGCAGCAAGGACAACAGCUCCGUGGACGAGUCACCAUCGAGGCAAACUCUAAGCGGAGCGGAGCUCUCCCGCAUCUUUGUCAUGGAGAUGGACGAUGCACCGGGCAGCAGCUGCAGCGAGGAGAAGACUCCCUUACUGGACAGCGUCGAAAUGUCGCCGAUUAGUCCAACCGAGCCGCAAUCUGACCUGAAGAAGCUGUAAGCCGUAGCCACAGGCGCACACGCGUUGAGCGGCCCAAAUGCAAAGCAUGUGAUAAAUGAUCGAAUGGGUAUAUAUGUAUGUACAUAUGUAUAUGUAUAUAUAUAUAUGUAUGUGUGUAUGUCCUUACCAAUGAAACCGGAGGGGAACCAUCAAGCUGUUAAGCCGUGGGCUUCGAAUGUUUGGACGCAAGUUCGAGCUGCUGCAAAACACAAUUCACGUAUUGACAAAUCACCAUUUUGCUAGUUUAUAGUGGAAUGACACCUGCUGCUUUUGCCUCUGGCAUACACUGCAGUGGCAAUUGGAAUCGUUUCGUCUGUUACCAGCGCAAUGUCGCUUGCAGUUAAUAUUGCAUUUUACAACACUAAUGCAGCAUACUGAGUGCUCUCAUUUCGCUUUGUUUUUCGCAUGCUUUCCACAGCAUUCGUGAAGUAUAUUGGUGUCAUAUGAUGUCAUUCCACAGCCGUUCGUUUCGCUUUCUUCUUCGCCUACAAGCCUUUGCCAUCAGCAUUAUGUGGUGUCAUUCCACCACAAAGCCGUAUGCCAUUCAAAUUAUCGGCCAAGCUAUGAUCGAGGGCUGCUUUCGCCUUUGCCCACCCACAUCCACACUUAAAGCUUUCUUCUGGUAACAAUAAUAUUUUCUUUAUAUGUAUUGUAUUUUACGCUUAUAAAGGGCGCUUUUACUGCAAAUAAGUCUUUACAAAUGCUUUUCAACUCUCUAGACUGCUAAGCAAAAAUUAUAUAUACUAGAAAACAAAAAAAACACAAGGAAAAGGAAUACAAUAUAUAUGUAUUUGAGCAUCAAUUACACCUUUUUUAGCGUAUGAACUUAUACACACUUUAUUUGUAGCCAACUACACAGCUAAGACUUAAGCUUCGCAGCAAGUAUUGAAAAUAUUUUACUGUAGCUUAAAACCGUUUUAAGGCCCAUGACAAAUGGGAUACAAAAAUAACAAAAUAGUGUGUUAAAAAUAAACCAAAUGGAUCACGUUUUAAAUAUAUUAUUAU